AGGAGCCACAAAUAUUUAAAAUGGGUGUAAGGAGGAGACACACAGACGCACAAGAUACGGCCUCUUUUAGCAAGCACGGACAACGGACUUGUUAAGAGGCAGCGCUGCAGAACCAGAGUUCUGAUUCGGAGAAAAACUCUGUUCCAGUGCAAUUCCAACAGAUGGGGGGGAAACCCUGAAUUGACAAGAGAGAGGCUUGGAAUUUUUUUAGGCGUUAUUGGGAACUAGAGAGGAGAGGGAGGAUAGAUAGAGAGAAAGAGAGAGAGAGAGAGAGAGAGAGAGAGAGAGAGAGAGAGACGGAGAUUGCACGCCACGAUCAUGCAAUCCACCUUCAGCCCCCAACUGGCUUGCUUAUGUGCCCUAACCCUCUCCUUCGCGAUAUAUCCAGCGAGGCUGCAGACCCUCCCCAAAAAGACCGCGACGAGCAAGAACGGCAAGGACCCCGGAUGUUGCGAAGAACUAAAAAAGCUGAAGGUCCAAGUGGCCAACCUCUCCUCCUUGUUCGAGGAGAUGAGCAAGAAGCAGGACGACGUCCUGGGGCACGCCGUCACGCAGGUGAUGGCCCUGGAAGGGAGCGUCAAGCUGAUGGACGCCCGCCUCAACGACGUGGAAGGGAAGUACUCGGAGAUGAAUUCCCAGCUCGGCAUCGUGCAGCUUCAGGCAGCUCAGACGGUCACCCAAACGUCCACAGACGCCGUGUACGACUGCUCGUCCCUUUAUCAGAGAAAUUACAGAUCUUCUGGGGUCUACAAACUUCUCCCUGAUGAGUUUCUGGGAAGUCCAGAAUUGCAGGUAUACUGUGACAUGGAGACAGAUGGAGGAGGCUGGACUGUCAUCCAAAGGCGGAAAAUUGGCUUGAUCUCUUUCAGCCAAAAUUGGAAGCAGUACAAGGAAGGGUUUGGAAAUCUGCAGGGAGAUUUCUGGCUGGGAAACGAACACAUCCACCGGCUUUCCAAGAGGCCGUCCACAUUGCGUGUGGAGCUGGAGGACUGGGAUGGCAACAGCGUUUUUGCUCAAUACAGUCGUUUUGCGGUGGGCAACGAGUUGAGCAGCUACCGCCUCUUCCUGGCCAACUUCAGUGGCAGCGUGCCCCGCGACUCCAUGCGGUACCAUAACAACACGGCCUUCAGCACCAUGGACAAAGACAACGACAAGUGCGUCGAUCACUGUGCGGAGUUACGCAAAGGGGGUUACUGGUACAACUGUUGCACGGACUCCAACCUGAACGGGGUUUACUAUCGUAAGGAUGAACAUAACAAGAGCACCGAUGGCAUCACCUGGUACAGCUGGCGUGGGAAACUCUAUUCGCUGAAGAGGGUCGAGAUGAAGAUCCGGUCAACGGACUUCAAGGCCUAGAGGGACUGAGUCGAGUAAAGAGAUGGCCUCACCUCUAAAGGAGGGGGCACUGGAGGGGUGGGUGGGAGAUAGGAAGGGGGAAGCACCAUCAUUGAUGUCAAGAAUGAGCUUACAUAUGGGGAAUGCCCUUCAUCGGUAGCAAGGCAGGUGCUCGCCUCUUUCAGCCUCAACCUGAACGUCUCUGGAUCUUUCUGACGACAAUGUUCUCUAUCAGGAUAUUCACCUAUUCCCCUGAAUUAACGUAGAUUUGCCUUUGUUUAUUUCCCUGGUGGACUGGAAUCUCGGGGAGGACUGGGAGGGAAGAAGCUACACCAGAGUUUUGCCAAACUUAUUGCAUAGUGGAUUGCUCCACUUAUGGAAAUCGGAUGCUUAGGAUAUAUAUAUAUAUAUUUUUGCAGUUGUAAAUCAAAAUAGUGCUCUAUCCAAACACCUCUUUCCCAUCCAGUAGUAUAAUAAAAUCCUCUUGAUUUUAAAA